AUGGAAUUGAGAAAGGAUGUGGAACGACCUUUUGGAAUUAUGAAGCGGAAGUUCACCAUCAUUUGUGGGCCUUAUCGUGGUCUAAGUGCUCGUGAAAUGCAUAAGACUAUGCUGACUUGCAUCAUUAUGUAUAACAUGGUAAUUCAGGAAACUCAUCGUAAUAAGAAUUGGAUUAACCAUCAAGAUGAAGACUUAAGGCCUGAGAUUCUACCAGCAAGAGGAUUACCUGCAAGGAAUUAUGCGCAAAUGACUAGUCAUAUUGAGAAGACAACUCUGUAUAACAGGUUAAGGGAAGAUCUCAUAGCGAAUAUGUGGGCUGAGUUUGGAAGAGAUGGAGGACGAAUUGAGUAG